UUGGAAGUUCUUUAGGAGAGCGGACUUUUAGAACCUUAAACCAUCGUCAUUCAAGGGAUUCGGAACAGCUUUCAUAUCUAGCUAACGUUACCCACGGCUGGAUUUUGAAGACAUGCCUGAAAUAAAACUUAAACAUGUCGUGUCCUGCAGCAGCGAGGACAAUACACACAAAGCGGACAAUCUGCUUAGCUCUGACACAUAUAGAAAAUGGAAAGCAGCAAGACCUGGGGAAAAACAAACCUCGGUUAUUUUACAAUUUGAAAAAGAGGAGCAGAUUCACAGCAUAGACGUCGGGAAUGAGGGGUCGGCGUUCAUAGAAGUCCUGGUCGGACACUCGACCUCAGUGAAAGACCAGGAUUUUGAGGUCCUGUUGGUCACCUCCUCAUUCAUGUCACCUUCGGAAAGUCGGGCAGGAAACAAUACGAACAGAGUCCGUUUCUUCGGGCCCAACCAGCUCGUAAAGGCCACUGCUCAGGAGAAGUGGGACCGGGUGAAGAUUGUGUGUAGUCAGCCCUAUAGCAAGACCAUAGCAUACGGAGUUGCCUUUGUGAAGUUCCAUUCGCCUCCAGAGAACAGCGAUCCACCUGCUACAACACCGCCGAAGCUCACCAAACUGGGCCAGUUCAGGGUGAAAGAGGAGCCCUCUUCCUCUAACGCCAGUCUACAGCCCGGCAGCCUCUUCUUCAACAGAGAAACCUAUGCCAAAGCCAGCACAACUCUCAAAGCCUCCCCUCAGAAGGAGAAACUGAGCUACGCCGCAGCGGCCCUACAGUCAGAAUGCAAAUCGGAGCCGUCCUCCUCUGUCAGCGGCUCACCACAGGCACCUGUGAAGAGGAAAUUUGAGUUCAGUAAAGAACGACAGGCAGCUACAGCCCCUCCUCCAUCCAAAAAGCCCAGCUCAGUGGGUUCACCCGAAUCCAGCAGUGGGACUCCCAAACCAAAACCUAAUCGCAGUACCACACUCACACCCAGUCCCAGCACUGCCAAGGCCUCUUCAGCUCAGAAGGCUCCGGAGAAGAAACGGGAGAGCCUGACAAAAGCGGACACCAAACCCAAAACCAAGUCUAAGCCUGCCGAGCCCGUACCUUUCAACCGCAUCAUGGAAGGAGUCGUGUUUGUGCUCAGCGGUUUUCAGAACCCGUUUCGGGGUGAGCUAAGAGACAAGGCUCUUGCCAUGGGUGCUCGGUACCGACCCGACUGGACCCCUGACUCCACGCACCUCAUAUGUGCUUUUGCCAAUACACCGAAGUACAGCCAGGUGAAAGCAGCAGGGGGCCUGAUCGUAAGGAAGGAGUGGAUACUGGACUGCCAUAAGAGAAAGCAGAAGAUCUCCUACAAGCGGUAUCUGAUGGAUGGAGCUGAGUCCAGUUCCGAAGACAGUGAGGAAGAGAAGAGCGACCAAAGUGAAGAUGAAAAGGAAGAAGUGCAGACGAAAGCGCAGGAAAAAAGUCGAGUCACUCCUGAGAAGCGGGCAGUUAAAAAAGAAGAUGAAGAGGAUGAGUACGGUGGCUCGACAGACGAAAACGAAGCAGGUGACGACGAAUCCGGCAUGGACACAGAAGACGAGCUGAAAAGGGUGGAGACAGAAAAGCAGAGGAGGAAAGGAGCGAGUGAGAAUAAAGGAGUGUCGGGAGAGGGGGAUGACGAUCCUUACGGAGGGUCUACAGAUGAGAACACGGACGCAGAGGAAGAGGAGGAUAAGCUCAUCCCAGAGCUGCCUGACUUCUUAACGGGGAAGAGAUUCUUCCUGUACGGAAAGUUUCCCCAGAACGAGAGACGGCUGCUCCAGCGCUACAUUGUUGCCUUUAAUGGAGCGCUGGAGGACUACAUGAGUGACAAGGUCCAGUUUGUUAUCACUAGUCAAGGCUGGGAUGAUUCUUUUGAAGAUGCUCUGAUGGAAAACGGGAAUCUGAGCUUCGUGAAGCCCUCGUGGAUAUUCGCCAUCAACAACCGGCAGAAGAUGUUGCCCCAUCAGCCUUACACGGUUGUUCCUUAAGGGGCUUUUUUUUUUCCCAGAACAUUCUUCUCCAGUUCCCUCUCCAGAGUGACA